AUGGCGUCGACAGCCACCUUUCUCUUCAUCCUGGCUGCCGCUGUAUCGAUGACGUCAGACGCAGCCGCCUCCUCGUUCCGGUCAUCACCCGUCGCACCGCCGCCGUGCACGGCGCCACCGUCGACCGUGGCGUUCCUCCGCGCGCGCUGCGCCACCACGCUGCACCGGGUGACGUGCUACGACUCCCUCAUCCCCUACGGAUGCGUGUUCCAGAACAGCCACGUCAAGCUCGCCCGGGCGGCCGCCGACGUCAACGCGUCCCAGCUCCGCGUGCUGUCCAAGCACCUCAAGGAGCUCGUCGCCCGUGGUGGAGGCCCCGGGGUCGAGUCGGCUGCGCUGCGCGACUGUGCGAGCACGGUGUCAUCGGCCGCGGGCCUGGCCAAGGACUCGGCGGCCGAGCUCGCCAAGCUGGACGCCGCAGGAGCCGCGGCACGAAAAAGUCAGGUCAGGUGGGCCAUUUCCAACGCGCAGACGUGGCUUAGCGCGGCCAUGUCGAACGAGGCGACGUGCGCCGACGGGCUCGGGACGGCAGGCCCCGCCACGUCGCCGGUUUCGGGGGAGGUUGUGAGCGCGAAGGAGCACACUAACAUCGCCCUCGCACUCGUCAACGGCAUACCGUUACCGUCGCAAUGA